AUGAAUUCUACAACUAAAACCUACACUGUUAUGUGUACAUGUUCAUCAUGUACCAAAAAUGCAAUUGGCGGAAUUUUGCAAAAUGCACAGACCUUUAAGCAUCAUAAUAAUGCUGAUAAGUUAUUAGACAUUGGCCCAAAAAAUCGAGUUAAUACAGAAGUUGUCGAAGAAGAGACAGACGUUGAGAUGGUAGAUGUAUCUGAAACAUCGAUUGAUUAUGAAGACAAUUAUUCUAUUGUAUCAGCCAAAACUACCAUACAGAGUGUACCUUUUUUGAGAGAAGACAAGAUUUUUCAAUUCGAAGAGUCUGAUGUCGAGACAACAUCAUUGGCUUCUGACAAUGACGAUCCUGAUUCAAGCGAUGAGUCUGAAGAUGAGAGCGAAGUUGAGGUUGCCGGUGUUGAAGAUUUUGAAGACAUGGUUGCUUCCGAAAUACUUGCCUUUGUAGUUGCUUCUUUGAAAAUUCAUGAAAUGUCUCAAACAAGCCAAUUCAUGGCUCUAUUUGGCGUUAUCUUUCAGGCGUUUUACUUGGUUCAAGCAGGUGGAACUGCUAUGUUGAAAUUCUUCCGCCAUCUUCUUGUUGCCUUUGAUAAGGAUACCAAUCUCCCACUCACCAUUGAUGCAUUAAAGACUAUGACCGGCUUCAAUUUCAUGACAAAAAGCAUCGUCAAAUACACCGUCUGCAACAAGUGCUUUGCAAUUUACCUACCAGGCAAUCGCCAACCAAAUUGCACAUUCGAAAAAUACACAACCACACCACCAACAUACUCCGGAAAUCCUCUUUUCUCUGACACCAAAGCUGAUCGCGCCGUCCCUCUCAUGGUUUUUCCAUACAACUCGCUCAAGAAUGCAUUGGCACAGCAUUUCGCCAAACCUGGGUUCGAGCAUCAAAUCGUUCAAUGGAGAUCAAGGGAAACUGUAAACAGUACCUUGUUGGACAUCUAUGAUGGUGCAAUGUGGUCUGAGCUCCUUGAUGAAGAUGACGAGCCUUUUGUGAAUCACGACCAUUCUUUGAUGUUGACAUUGAAUGUGGAUUGGUUUCAACCGUUCGAGGGUCGUACACAUGCAAGUGGGGCCUUGUACCUGUCAAUGAACAACCUACCUAGGGAAGAAAGAAUGAAGCCAGAAAACAUUAUCCUUGUCGGUGUCAUGCCUGGUCCAAAGGAAGCGAAGAUCGACCAGAUGAACAACUUCUUGGAACCUCUAAAGACUGCUGGAUUUACAGGAUUUGCAAGUACAAACGCCUGUCACAUAUGCAAGCGUCAUUUCACUGUUGUUGCUGGAACAAGUAAGAUCAAUUAUUCUGGAUUCGAUCAUGAGAACUGGGUCUCCCGAACAAAAGAGGAAAAUGCAACCGAAGCUGAGAUGUGGUUCUGCGCAGAAUCUGAUGCAGAGAGAGCUGUUUUGGAGAAGCAGCAUGGCACCCGUUUUUCCGAGUUGCAUCGCCUACACUACUUUGAUCCCGUCCGAUGCACGAUUGUUGAUCCCAUGCACAAUUUGUUUCUUGGGACAGCAAAGCGUAUGAUCAGUGUUUGGAAAGACCUGAGGUAUCUCCCAACUGCUGUUCUCGUCCGUAUGCAACGUCUUGCCGAUGGUAUUCUUGUUCCUCCUGGGUAUGCCGUUUUAUCAACAAAGAUCGAAUCUGGUUUCCCGUAUAUGAAGGCAGACAAGUGGCGAUUGUGGUGUCUGAUUUAUUCGUUGGUGACUCUCUUUGUAAAAGCAUGCCGAAAGUUGACCGGUCCUUCAGUCACAUAUUCAGAAAUUGACAGCGCACACCAGCUCCUUGGAGAAUUCGGAAAAGAGUGUGAGACUCUUUAUGGAGAGAGCAGCAUCACGCCAAAUAUGCACUUGCAUAUGCACUUGCGUGAGUCAAUGCUUAAUUUUGGUCCGGUAUACGCAUUCUGGCUGUAUAGCUUCGAGAGAUACAACGGCAAGUUAAAGAACAUCAAGACGAACCGUCGCAAUGGUCUUGAGGUCACCUUCAUGAGAGUCUUCCUGGAGAAAGCAUUCAUUGGUAGCUUUCUUCGAGUGUAUUCUACCAAUCUUUCAUCACCACUGAUAGAGUUCCUUGAGGGGGUUGCCCAAGUAAAAUCAAAUUCCGACAGCUCUUCUCCCUUGAAUUUGGAUGCUGGCCACCCUCCUGCGUUGCCAUUUAGCUUAGCAAUGUUCCAGCAAGCUGCUACAAAUCCAUGGUACAAUGUCACCGGAAGUGAGGCCUUGCCCCCGACCACAUUGCCAAUCAAGUUGCAGCCUUUGACUAUGAUGAAGGAUGAUCACUAUCAGUGGUUAUUUGAAUUCUAUGUCAAGGCUUACCAGAGUACAAGUGUUUCCUUCUGUGUGGUAGGGAGAAUCCCAAUUGGUGAGGAUGUAUUUGUGAACAAUCGGAUUCAAAAGGUGAAGAAGAUUUCGUUGCUGGGGCAAGAGUACUGCAGUGGUGAAAAGAAGAAGCGCGGGUCUUUUGUGAGGGUAUUGUUUCUUGAGAGAACAAAUGACGAUGUAUCUGAAUUCCCUGGUCAAAUAGAGUAUUUAUUUACUCAUACCAUCAAGAUCGGUGGAGUCAAAAGAGUGUCAACGUUCGCAUUCAUUAAAUGGUUUCCCACCUACCAUUCAAGUAGUCAUCAGCCAUUAGCUGAUCAAGGUCUGCAGUUGUGGGACAAGGGAUUUAUGGAAGAAGAUGCUUCGUGCAUUGUUCCAGUGCAUCGUCUGCAUUCGUGCUUUGCAUUGACUACGCAUAAAAUGCAGAGUGGGACGCAAAAGCACCUGGUUAUUCCACUGCCUAGAAAAGUAGUCACAUAA